AUGGAUAUGGAUAAUUUCGAUAUAGGCUGGUCAAGUCCAUUCACUAUUUCACAGUAUGAACAUGAUAAUCUGAGGACCGCUAUCACGGAGACAUCUGAAAUCUCAACAACAGAAUACAAUGAUCGAAAUAAAAAAUAUCCAGCUGUCGCUAGAUCCGUACGUACCAUGGAUAUUGUAAAAGCAUCCAACCUUCUUAUAAACCAUAACUUGGGAAUUAUUGAGGGAAUGCUUGGUUCAUUUCGAAAACAACCGAAUCAUGCCGCGCUACCAGCUGAAGAAAAUCAUCACAAUAUCGAGGUUAAACAACCGAUUCAAAUUGAACAAGAAAUAGUAAGUAAGAGCGGUCCGUGUGAUAUUCCUUUUAAGGCACAUGGAUGUAUCGAUUUAGCACUACAAGCAUCCACACCAAUCACAUUCAUACUCACAGGCAUCACUACUUCACGUGAAAUACGCAUAAGAAAAUUAUAUGUCAAUGGACAAAAAUAUGUUUUCGUGCAUAUGGCACCAAUUGACACUUUCCUGUCAUCGUUAAUUGAUGAGAAAGUGAAGAAAAUGUGCAAGAAAGAAGUGGUGGAGAAAAUAGCGCGUAAUAUCGGUGAAGCGGGGAGUUAA